CACUCCGCUCACUCCCACACACGAAAAGUUUGGAGCAGAGGGAUUUACCUACGAUAGGACGUGUCGGUGCUGCGCGAUUUUCACAAGGGAGACGAAUAUCAACACAAAGCAUAAUGAGAGGCAACGUGUGAGCAACAGAUCUCCAUCAACUCUCAAUGAAAGUGCUGAAGAAGUGAAAGAAAGUAUUUUUUUUUGUUUUUGUUUUUACUACCGAGUGGGGGAGUUGCUGGCUGACUGAUCUCCAUGACUUUGUGUUGCCGUUCUGGAAAGCUUUGGCGCACGCGCCAGCAGCGUUCGGAGCGGUGAUCGAGCAACUACGGCUCCUCUUCCACCAUGUGGGAAAAGACUUAAGCGCACCUUUCGGGGGGUGUGGAGGAGGAUAUGAGCACACGUCCUCGGAUUUGGCCGCGAUCCUUCACUCUGUCGGGAUGUCGGCGAGCCGCUCCGCCGCGGCUUGCGCUCGGACGCUGGCCCGUCUCUGCGCCCUGGCGCUCAUCGUCGCCGCGGGACUCUGCUCGGAGCUGAGGGUGCGGGUUCGACUCUCUGACGGCCAUUUGACCGAGGAGGUCCUGGAGGCGGACAGCGAGAAAGACUUUAUAUCACUGGAGUUCAAACAAGGGGACGGGACACUCAUCACCUUCAUGGCGGACUUUAAACAGGAUGUGAAAAUAUUUAGAGCGCUGAUCCUGGGUGAACUGGAAAGAGGGCAGAACCAAUACCAAGCCCUGUGCUUCAUCUCUCGCCUCAACCGCAAUGAGAUCAUCCCCAGUGAGUCCAUGGCUCGUCUCAGACAGAAAAAUCCUCAGGCGAUCCGCUUGGCAGAGGAGCGUAGGGGCCUGGAGCAGCUGACGGUGAGCGUUGCUGUUAAUCUUAGUAGAGCCUGGCAGCUCAGUCCUCACAUCCACAACAUGUGCAGUGAAGCUCAGGAGGCCAUUUACACCAGGGAGGCCGAUGUAAAAUAUUGGCUGGACAAAGGAGUGGACGGGUCUGUAUUUGAAGUCCUGCCCCAAGCAACAGAACUGCCGAGCUUGCAGGCCUGUCAUUCCACUAAAGACUUGUGGCAGCCGUGCGUCUGCACAUACAGCCUGCGUCUGGAGUGGUACCCGUGUCUGCUGAAGUACUGCCGCACCCGGGACGCCACAGGCAAAGGCUCCACCUACAAGUGUGGCAUAAAGAGCUGCAGCAAAGGCUACUAUUUCACCUACUAUGUUCCCCAAAAACAGCUCUGUCUAUGGAAUGAGGAGACUUAGCGUUGUCUGUGGCAUAACUGGCGAAAAAGUUUUUUCUUUCUCCCCCAUUCGUCAAGAGUGUGUGCUUCAGCUCACACCCUAAAUGCAGUAACGCUGGUGUGACGAUAAGGGAAGCGGUCUCAAGCAGGGAUUGUUGGGAUUUAAAACUGUUCUACAUGUUCCACAUGAGACCAAAAUGUUUAAGGAAAAGCCUUUAAACUCUAAGCUGUUCUAGGUGGAAGAUGCCUCAUUAAUGCUCGAUUGACUGUGACUUUGCCAAAAGAAAAAAAAACUGUCACUUUUGUGCCUUUUUUUGUGGAGAAAAUAUUGGAGCAAAUGACAACAGAAAUGACCUCUCAAACAAGUAUGCACGAAGCUGGACACGAAUGAUCUGAUAAGGCUGAGCACCAGCAUAGGAGCAGCAGUCCGGCAUUCACUGUCCACAGAAGUUGGACAAAUCCAGCAGUUUGCCCUUGCGAAGGAAAACGGAUUUAACUCUUCUGCAAAGCUCGAUAAGAAACUGUGCAAACUAGAAUCAAGCUUUUUUUUGUUUGUUUUUUUCAAAAAUAAAUAAGCUGGCAGACUAAGACAGUGCCUUGCAAAGUUUUAUUUAUUUUGACAGCAAAAUGAAUAUAUUUUUAAUCUUCAUGUCAUUGUAAACCUGUUGUUUUCCUUUUUUUAUGUUCAUACUGAUUAAGAUCAUAGGGCUGUUUUUUCUAAACCACAGAUCCUCAAUCGCAAAAAAUAAUUCAAAUCCGUUCAAGUAUUUUUCCCCCUUUUUUUUGUUUUGUUUUCAUCCAUAUGUGAUUUUGAUGUGUUACUUAUGUGGACUUAAUUGUCAUUAAACAGUAAAUUGACUAUUAACAUAAGGACUGAUUUUCAUAAACCCAUUUUUGUUCAUAAGGGAGUCAUAAUUAUUAUAAGUCUAACAUUUUAAGUCUGUGUAAAAAGUGCCAAAUAGACCAAAAGGUGAAAUUCAUUUUUUUCUUCUUUUCAUAUUUGAACUUGGGAUAUUGUGCAGCUAAUUUAGUGUUUAUUGUCGCCAUCUUCUGGUGGAUGAGUGUAAAAGAUUCAUGUUUUCUUUUUUAAACAGGUUGCCUUUUUUGUUCAUUCUCCAUGUGAAUAUCUAAAUAGUCUAUAAUUUAUUCAUUGAGGACUCCUGUUAGGGAUAUGUAUGGAGCACUUGUGGGACCAAGUUAAGUGUAAGUGAUGAGUUGAAGCAGGAUUUUUGAAUGAUCUCUUUAAUUUUGGCCUUUUACUGUGAGCUAUUCCUUUUGUCCCUUUUGUUUUUGAGUUUAACUAAAGAACCAAAUGAGUGAAACAUUUCUGCUUGUAGCCUUUGAUCAAGUGCCUUACCUUUUCCAAUGAUUUUUUUGUCACGUAAUAAAAAAAUAUAAAAAGUG